CAAAAUGCCAGUUUCAACAGGCUGCGUCCCUUUAUGAAUCUGUUCUCGCUCUACGAUCUAUUGCUGUCGCACAUUACGACUGACAAUGCCACGCCAGCCAAGCCCAAGUACGAUUUCAUAGUUCUGGACAUUGUUGUGGAUGCUGCACUUGCCACAUACAAAUGGCGUCCACUGCUCAUAUUGGAGGGUGACAAGGCGCUGGGACACUCGGGCAGUUACAUAACGCACUCCAUUCAACCGGGUUACGAUGAAUGGCUCUUGGUCAGCAAUGCUCAGAUGUGGCAUUGUGGCGCCAUCUGUUGGACAAUUGCGGCAAUAUGCAUAGGCCUGCUGAUCAUCAUUGUGGCAGCCAGCGUCGCUGCUGGCAUAGCCGUGAGAAACUACUUUCUGCGGAAAAGACUGUCGAAGGGACCCAACAAGAUUGUGCUCUCGGCCAGUGACUUUGUUUUCCCUGUGGACUCACGUCGCGUGGAUGAGGGCAUUGAGGCCAUGCUCUGCUGCUGGCUACAGCAGCUGCAGGAAUUCGGCGGCCCCGAGGUGGACAAGCCAGAUUUGCUUAAGGGCUCGAUUGGCUCGCUGAAGAAUCUGGGUUUUGUAAUUCCCGGCACGGCUGCAGCGGGCAACAGUGGCGGCAUAGCUGGAGCUGGUGGGACUACCACAACGGCAACGGUUAACGGCAAGACUGGCUCCUCGGCAUCGGGCAGCCUGGCUCGUCAUAAGCCCGCGCAUCUGGACAUGCGCGCACGCUACAACGGCGAUCUGGUGCAGCUCAAGGAGAUACACUUGAAUGGCUCAGCAGAGCUGCGAUCGAAGGCCAUGGACCUGCUAGUCAUGGCGCAUGGGCUGCGGCACGAGAAUAUAAAUCCCCUAAUUGGCUGGCUGUCGGAUCCGAGUCGCACGGCAAUGGUCUUCGACUAUUGUUCACGCGGCUCGCUGCAAGAUGUGCUCAUCAUGGAUGAGAUUAAACUGGACUGGUCCUUCCGCCUCAGUCUGUUGACUGAUCUGGUGCGGGGCAUGCGCUACCUACAUGCCUCGCCGCUGCGCAUCCAUGGCGCACUGACCUCCAGAAAUUGUGUGGUGGAUGCCAGAUGGGUUCUCAAGAUCACAGACUAUGGUCUGAAUUCCUUUUACGAAACGCAGGGCCUGUCGCAGUUGCCACGCAACAACAAGGAGCUGCUGUGGACAGCGCCAGAAUUGCUGCGCACUAUGAAAACGCAAGAGCAGCAGCAACAUCACCAUCACCAUCAUCAGCAUGGACGCGUGCAGAUGGGCACACAGUUGGGCGACGUCUACUCCUUCGGCAUCAUCAUGCAGGAGGUGGUGGUGCGGGGCGAGCCCUACUGCAUGCUCUCACUCUCGCCAGAUGAAAUUAUAGCCAAGCUUAAAAAGCCACCACCCCUAAUCAGACCGUCGGUCUCCAAGGGAGCUGCACCACCAGAGGCCAUCAACAUAAUGCGACAGUGCUGGGCCGAACAGCCAGACAUGAGACCCGACUUUAAUUCCGUUUACGAGCGCUUCAAAAUGCUCAAUCACGGCCGGAAAGUAAAUUUUGUGGACACAAUGUUUCAAAUGCUGGAAAAAUACUCGAACAAUCUGGAGGAAUUAAUACGCGAGCGCACCGAGCAGUUGGACAUUGAAAGAAAGAAAACUGAGCAGUUGCUGAAUCGCAUGUUGCCAAGCUCUGUUGCUGAGAAACUCAAAAUGGGCCUGGCGGUCGAUCCAGAGGAGUUCUCGGAUGUCACAAUUUAUUUCAGCGACAUUGUCGGCUUCACAACAAUCGCGGCUCACUGCAGUCCAGUGCAGGUGGUGGACCUUCUCAAUGAUCUCUACACAAUAUUCGAUGCCACCAUCAAUGCUUACAAUGUCUACAAGGUGGAGACCAUUGGAGAUGCUUAUAUGGUCGUCAGUGGACUGCCGGUUAAAAUACCCGAUCAUGCCGAGCAGAUAGCCACCAUGGCACUCGAUCUGCUCCACCAGAGCGGACGCUUCAAUGUCAAGCAUCUGCCAGGUGUGCCGCUCCAGCUACGCAUCGGCCUGCACACGGGUCCAUGCUGCGCGGGCGUUGUGGGUCUAACGAUGCCGCGCUAUUGUCUAUUUGGCGAUACGGUCAAUACAGCCUCCAGAAUGGAAUCAACAGGGUCCUCUUGGCGCAUUCACAUGUCGCAAGAGACUCGCGAUCGCUUAGAGGCACGUGGUGGCUAUUCGAUAGAGCCUCGAGGUCUCAUUGAUAUCAAGGGCAAAGGCAUGAUGAACACGUUUUGGCUGCUGGGCAAGAAAGGCUUUGAGAAGCCCUUGCCGGUCCCACCACCCAUUGGGGAGUCGCAUGGAUUGGAUGAAUCACUAAUACGCAACUCGAUUACGCUGAAGGCGCAGGCGAACAAGUCGCGAACCAGCACAAAUCCGUCAUCGUCUCAAAGCUCUUCGCUGGCUGGUGAAACAGUUGAGGUUAAGGUGGAGAUAACGCCACCUGCUAACACGGACAUGGGCUCCAGUAUAUUGCCCAACUCCUAUUCGCUGGACUCGAACUCAACCAACACCAUUAGCCCCAAUACAACGCUAUGUCCGGAGUUUCCUACGAAGACGCCCAGCAGCACAAGUCCACAAUCGCGCAAGCUAUCGGAGCUGACGCCGGAUAGUCUGCUGAAUCCCAAUAGCUUCAAUCGCUUGCCUAGCUCCACGGGCGGCUCUAGCUCGCGCUUAUAUAAGAAGAUUGAGGAAAUGAUGGAUCUUAGCUCACCGUACAAUCACUACAAGUGUCUCAGUCCCAGCGAGAGCAACCUGACCCAGUUCUAUGAUGGCAAAUACCUGUAUGGAAAUUCGAGUGGGUCCAACGUCGCUGGAAAUAAUGGACCUGGCAGUGGCGGCUGUUCCGUUAGCGGCAGCACCUCAAAGUUCGAUAGCAAGCCAGGCUCCAGCCGACUGCUGCGUCGUCAGUUCAGUCUGGACCGCGACGAUCAGCAGACCAAAGUGGAGCAGCAGCACCAGCACUCGCUGCAGGCCAGCAACUAUGCUGCCUUAAUGAAUGCCAGCAAGAACUCCAUGCUCGAUAUACCAAUGCUGCACGACACUUCGCGCAGUCCGAAAGGCACCUUGACACGAGCGCACAAACAAAACUCAACAUCCAUAGCGCAGGACUUGGAGAAGAUCGAAGAGAUUCCGCUCUCGCCGGCCUCCUCGCAGCAUCACAGCAGUCUGGAUAGCAAUCUGAAUCGAAGUCCGCCCUCCACGCUGGAGGCUCAAUCGCCUCCGGUGACAACUAUGCCCGCCUCCGGUGCACCGCUCAGCCCACCGUUGCUCUCGGCACCAACCUCGCCGGCACCGUCGCGCACGCUCAAUGGCCUUGAUGCGCAUAGUCGGUCUAACAAAAAUAACAACAACAACAGCAGCAACAUCAGAAGCGAGAGCAGCGACAGCCCCAAUCCGACACAGGAAAGCAACAUGCCCAGCCCCGAGAUAGUCCUCAACGUGGAGCAGCUGCUUAGCAGAUAGGACACGGUUUAGGCCACAGCGCCCAAGUCAUUUAUAAAGCUUUAGAUCUGAGGUCGUCUUCAAGUAAGAGAAUUACCGAGAAUUUUCAGUGUUGUGAUGUGCAAAGUAAAGUACCUCAAAGCAUGCAAACUUGGUUCCAGGUGCGAAAUGAAAGUACAACUUAGUCGAUGAUUAGUAAUGUCCAUCGAUCGAAUAAAUAUAUAUUCGAACCGGCUUCUCACACUAGUCAAGGUCAAUCUUAGCCAAUUAACGUUCGAAAUACAACAUACUCCCAUCUAGCUUUAUCUUCAAACGGUUCGCACACAGGACUAAAAGUAGAAAGUAGGCUCCUUAAAUAUGAUUUCAUCAAAAUUGAUAUUCGACUUUCAAUGAAUUUCAAUUGGAAUAAUUAAUGUCAACAACAAGAUUAGAAGAGUUCUUAAUAUAACUUAAAGUAACCUUCUCUGUCCCCAUAUGUGGUUAGUAAGUAUAGGGAACUGGGAUGAGGCCCAUUAAGUGUUAAUCAAUUUUAUAAAAGUCUAAUCAAAAUUACAAUUAACUGCAUGAAACUUUCAGAACUGAACACACCUUAAUGAGCGUAAUCUAAAAACUAUAUCUGAACU